AUGUUUCGCCUCCUGCUGGGAAUUUUACCUCGCGUGUGGCAGCUAAGCAGCAAAGAGCUUCAGCGGGAUCAGGUUAAGCAAAGACAUCCUCAGGCAGGAGUUUGGAGGGAGGUCAUUUUUAAUAAGAAUCCUAAUAUAAGAAGCAGAAGAAGGUGCAGUGAGUCAGCCUAUGCUUCUUCACCUAGCUGUUCCCUUUACUUUCCCUUAUACACACCAGCAGAAGCCAGUGGAAAGAGUCUGCUGAGAUCCACUCCCCACCAGCCAGCAAGAAUGAAUUUUCUCUUCCUGCUGUGGAGGCAGCUUCUUUCUCCAAACAUUGGCAGCAAGGUGUCCUGAAGACAGAGAAGAUCUGGGUAUAUUUGCAGUUAUUAAUUUUAAAAUCUCAGUUUCUUGGAGUGAAAAACAAAACAUAACAAAACAAAAAAAAAACAAUUUGCAACUUUCUUUCCUGAUCACGUUUGCCUUGGAAGUUGAAGAAGUAACUCUCGGCUGGAGUACGGAAGAAACCCUGAAGGAGGCUCAUACUACAGGAAGGGACUGAAGAAGGGGUACAUGUUGCUGAUGGCCAGGAUAAUGGGGCUCGAGAGGAGACAAGACUGGCACCAAACUAGCACUGGAGUUGGCCAUAAUUACAAAGCCAAGAUUUCUUUCCCUCCUUCCCAUAUCAAGUCAACCAUUUCGGCACCACUGCCUGCAGGGCUGCAGAAGGCAGAUGAGAUUACAGCUUAUGAUGAGCUUCUAAAUACGUAUGAGACGACCACAGGAAGUGCCCAUAGCAGGAAGUACCCUGGAGGAGUCCUCUCUCAGCCCAGCUUCCCUCUUGCACCGCCCCACUGGAAAGUUCAUUAUAACAAAGACUUAUGGGAAAAGUUAAAGCUGAGAGCUUGGCGAUCGCCAUUAGAGCCAGGAAGUCAGAAAAGUGAAAUGAAAGCUGAAUUUCAGGGGCAACAACUUCAACCCACACUCAGUACAUUUCAUUCAGGGCCUCAACCAUUUUUACUGGAGAAUCAUCACAUCAAUGGACCAUCACAGUCAAUAGUGGCAACUACAGAGAACAAGACCCUAUCUGGAGAACCAUUCUACAUAAGAGAUAAGGGAGUUUUGAGUCUGAAUGACAUUUAUGCUACAACUACAGCACGGGACUUCAGAGCAUUUACAGCAAAAGAACUGGAAGGUUAUGCCAAGAAGGAUGUCCUGACAUUCUGGCAGGCUGAGGAUUACCCCAAAGCCUGGGGUCAUGGCUUGAAAGAAAACCCCAUUCCUAAAGAGGGGCAACCUAUCCUUCGCCGACCACCUCCUCUGCAAGAUGGCAUGCAGUUCCCCAUUGCUACAAAACUACCAAGGAUACCUCCACGUGCUGCUCCUGUGCCUAACCGUGGUCUAAAAUCUUUGGCACAGGAGAGUUACCAAGUGCCUCUGGAUAUCAAGCGGUCCCGGGAUGUCUACUUCCCACUGGAAUGUCCUUGGACCAUUCCGCGGCAGGGGCCUUUGCCUGAAAUAAUGGCUGUGCCCAAAAUGUAUGAAACAGAGAAUAAAACAUAUGGAAGUGAGCGACCAAUAACUAUAUAAAGUAUGCCAGUUGCUGUAUCCACCUGCUAAAGGACAAAUGACAAGUUAUGGUGAAUGCUUUACAACAAUAUUAAUAAAAUGGGACCAAUAACUUAAUAA